AUGUCCCGCUCCGAGGAGGUGCACCGGCUCACCGAGAAUGUCUACAAGACGAUCAUGGAACAGUUCAAUCCCAGCCUCAGGAAUUUCAUUUCUAUGGGGAAGACCUAUGAAAAAGCCUUAGCAAGCAUGACAUAUGCAGCAAAAGGAUACUUUGAUGCUCUGGUUAAGAUGGGAGAGUUGGCCAGUGAAAGCCAAGGAUCUAAAGAAUUGGGAGACGUGCUCUUCCAGAUGGCAGAAGUCCACAGGCAGAUCCAGAACCAGCUGGAGGAGAUGCUCAAGUCCUUCCACAACGAGCUCUUGACGCAGCUGGAGCAGAAGGUGGAGCUGGACUCCCGGUACCUGAGUGCUGCACUGAAAAAAUACCAGACGGAGCAAAGGAGCAAGGGGGACUCGCUCGACAAGUGCCAGGCAGAGCUGAAGAAACUUCGGAAGAAGAGCCAAGGCAGCAAAAACCCCCAGAAAUACUCUGACAAGGAGCUGCAGUACAUCGAAGCCAUCAGCAACAAGCAAGGCGAGCUGGAAAACUACGUCUCGGAUGGCUAUAAGACAGCUCUCACGGAAGAGAGGAGACGGUUCUGCUUCCUGGUAGAGAAACAGUGUGCCGUAGCAAAGAGUGCUAUCACCUACCAUGCCAAGGGGAAGGAGAUGCUGACGCAGAAGCUACCGCUGUGGCAGCAGUCCUGCUCGGAUCCCAACAAGAUUCCGGACCGCGCUAUACAGCUCAUGCAGCAGAUGGCUGCCAGCAGCAAUGGCACCAUUAUGCCCAGCCCUCUGUCUACAUCCAAAUCCAACCUCAUCAUCUCUGACCCCAUCCCUGGUGCCAAACCUCUCCCUGUCCCCCCGGAGCUGGCACCUUUUGUAGGACGCAUGUCGGCACAGGAGGCCAUGCCAGUGAUGAACGGAGUCUCAGGCCCAGACAGUGACGGGUACAACCACUGGUCUGAGAUGAAGCCAGCACAGCCCAAAUCUUUAUCUCCUCCCCAGCCUCAGAAGCAGCUGAGUGACUCUUACUCCAAUACACUCCCAGUUCGCAAAAACGUGCCACCGAAAAACAGCUACGCAUCAGCCGAAAACAAGACGCUGCCACGCUCCAGCUCCAUGGCCGCAGGGCUCGAGAGGAACGGCAGGACGAGGGUGCAGGCCAUUUUCUCUCACGCUGCCGGAGAUAACAGCACCCUCCUGAGCUUCAAGGAGGGUGACCUCAUCACACUGCUGGUGCCGGAGGCCAGGGACGGCUGGCAUUACGGAGAAAGCGAGAAAACAAAAAUGAGGGGCUGGUUUCCUUUCUCUUACACGCGGGUCCUCGACAGCGAUGGCAGCGAGCGGGUCCACGCAAGCCUGCAGCAAGGGAAGAGCAGCAGCACCGGCAACCUGCUGGACAAAGACGACAUCGCCAUCCCGCCGCCCGACUAUGGCAUGGCCUCCCAAGCCUUCCCAGCGCAAGGCGUCAACACCUUCAAGCAGAGGCCGUACAGCGUGGCCGUACCUGCCUUCUCCCAGGGUCUCGAUGACUACGGGACGAGGUCCGUCAGCAGAAACCCCUUUGCCAACGUCCAGCUGAAGCCAACGGUGACGAACGACCGCUCAGCUCCGCUCAUCAGCUGAUCCGGCAGUGCUGGCACCUGCCGUGCCGUGCGGCACUCGCCACCUCCUCCUCACCGCUGCAUGUCCGGCUUUCCAGGACUUCAUUUUUAGGCAGAGUUUAUUUAAUCCUGCUGCUUUGAAAGCCAAAGGCUAAAGCUAGUGCCCUAGUUCUCUCUUCUCUAGACCCAGCUUAUUCCUCUCGGUGGCAGAGGGUUAAACCGCUGCCGUGUAGCCCGUCCUUUGACUGUG